AUGGACACUCUAUUUCCAGCACUCCUCUGGGAUUCAACCCAGAACACUUGUCAACUAGCCCAUCAGUUUGUGCUUCCAUGGCUUGUGCCACGAAGAACAAAAUCGACUAUGCUUGUUUUGCCUACUGGUGCUGGUAAAUCACUGUGUUAUCAGAUACCAGCAAUGGUUUUCUCAGGAGUUACACUUGUGGUGAGCCCUUUAGUGGCAUUGAUGAUUAAUCAGUUGAAACAGCUGCCUCCUGUGAUUCAAGGUGGCCUUUUGUGCAGCAGUCAGACACCCCAAGAAGCUAGUGAGACACUAAGGUUGCUGCAAGAAGGGGGCAUAAAGGUGCUUUUUGUUUCACCAGAGAGGUUCUUAAAUGCGGAAUUCUUGUCGAUUCUCUCACCUAUUCCCAUUUCACUUCUUGUGGUAGAUGAAGCUCACUGUAUUUCUGAAUGGUCACACAACUUCCGGCCUUCAUAUAUGAGGCUCCGUGCAUCUUUACUUUGCACCAGGCUCAAUAUUGGAUGCAUUCUUGCAAUGACUGCAACUGCUACUACAACAACUUUGAAUGCUAUCAUGUCUGCUCUAGAGAUUCCUUCCACCAACCUCAUUCAAAAUGCCAAGUUGAGGGAUAAUAUGCAAUUGUCAGUAUCUUUGAGUGGAAAUAGAACGAAAGAUUUGCUGACAUUAAUUAAGUCUCCUCCCUUCGUAGAACUUCAAAGCAUCAUUAUAUACUGCAAAUUUCAGUCUGAAACUGAUAUAAUAAGCAGAUACUUAUGCGAUAACAACAUCUCAGUAAAGAGUUACCAUAGCUCUAUCACUUCAAAAGAUCGCAGCCGUAUACAAGAACUGUUUUGUUCAAACAAGAUUAGAGUGGUGGUUGCAACUGUGGCUUUUGGCAUGGGUCUUGACAAGAGGGAUGUUGGAGCCGUAAUUCAUUAUAGUAUGCCAGAAAGCUUGGAAGAGUAUGUUCAGGAGAUUGGACGUGCUAGACGAGAUGGGAGAUUGUCCCAUUGCCAUCUCUUUUUUGAUGAUACCACCUAUUUCAAGCUUCGAAGUUUUAUGCACAAUGAAGGAGUAGAUGAAUAUGCAGUAAACAAGUUCCUCUGCGAAAUAUUUUCCACUGACAUGAAGCACCCGGGGAAAAUCCAUGCAAUAAUCAAAGACUCUUCAUCUCGCAGAUUUGAUAUGAAAGAAGAGGUUAUGCUCACACUCUUAACACAGUUGGAGUUGGGUGAAGUGCAAUACAUUCAUCUACUUCCACAGCUAAAUGGUACUUGCACUUUGAAUUUCUACAAGACUUCUCCAAUGUUGCUUUCUGACAAGGAUAAUGUGGUUUCAGUAAUUCUUAAAAAGUCUGAAACUAAGCAAGGUCAAUAUGUAUUUGACAUACCUACCGUGGCAAAUAGCAUCGGGGUUACAACUACUGAGCUAUCAAAUCAUCUAUAGAAUUUGAAGUUGAAGGGCGAAAUAACAUAUGACGUCAAGGAUCCUGCCUAUUGUUAUUCAAUCGUGGAAGUCCCAAGGGAUUUUUGUUCUCUCUCAAGGCAUCUUACAAAAUGGUUAUUGGAGGUCGAAUGUUUUAAGGUACAAAAACUAGAUGCAAUGUUUAACGCAGCAAUCUUUGCUGUGAAUGAUUGCGAGAAGAUGCAAGGCUGCCAUGGUACCCAGCACACACCAUGUUUGCAACGAAAGAUCUUGGAUUACUUCAAGGAUGAUGGUAGACGUGAUAUCCCUAACAAGAUGGGACAAAGCAGCCCUUUUUUACGAGCAGAUAUAAAGGUGUUUCUGCAGGGCCAUUCACAGGCCAAAUUUACCCCCCGAGCCAUUGCAAGAAUAAUGCGUGGCAUUGCUAGCCCAGCCUAUCCAUCUACAACUUGGUCUAGAACUCAUUUCUGGGGAAGGUAUACGCAGAUUGACUUCCAAGUGGUCAUGGAAGCUGCGAAGGUGGAACUCAUGAAUUUUGUUGGGAAGGAUGCCCUCUAGACUUUAAGGAUCAGGCUUCAUGUCGCAUGGAACUAUUUUGGAGGGGACUGAAGGAUAGUUAGUGGUGUGGUUGGAUCUAUGGAUUACGAAAAGGCAUGCAUCCUCAAACCAGUCUAUGUCAACACAUGACUUCAGAAAUCAAAUUGCAAUGACUACGGAGUUAUUAUAGAUUCAUUUCAAUUACAGACUGGAGCAGGUAUUUUGUGCAUCAAUUAUAUGAGAGAGAAAGAUUUAAAGGUGGUAAAUCAAUAAUGUCACAGACGUCUCAAUACUGGUUUGGAUAGUCUGCUAUCAACAACAGUGAACAUUGUGCACGAUCUGAUUUUUUCUGCUUGGUCGAGUCUAGGAGCGUGUCAAAGGGAAAGGAUUUUACAGAAACAGGCUAGAGACUAGAGUUUCCAUUGGGGACUGCUGAGCGUGACCGCGUUAUCUUUUAGUUCGGGAGUACCAAGUGCUAGCUACAUAAGUGAAGGACCUGUGUUUUUAUCAUCACUCCAUGCAUUUUCAUACAAUCUGGCUGCAGGGCACAGGCUGAUCUGGAUUAUCAAUGCUUGAAGAAGCUAAUGAAGAACGUGAGCAUGAAUCAAGCCAAUUACCAGUCAACAAAACCUUUCGCAAGUGGUUUCGUACAAGCAAGAGGAUGGCGUGAGGGUUAAACUGAAAUGGAUGCAAGUAAUUGAAACAUGCCCACAAGGACAGUUCUAUCCUGUGUGUUUAUUUUUCUCCUCCCAUGGAUAGGAGUGCAAAAUCACGGGCACAAGUUAACCUUCAAUAAUAAUAAUAAUAAUAAUAAUAAUCAGGAGAGCUGGGUAUUGUUAUGUUUUGGUGCCCAAAGAAGCAUUGGCCUCCCAAGGAGGACUCAGCAGCCCUCGUUGAAAAGUACGAAAUAUGUUUCCAUUUUCUGUAAAUGUUUCCAUUGUUGAAGGAGAGAGAAGCAUAUUCAGUUAAGUCAGGAGAGAGAAAGAAGAACAAAAAAAAACAAAGACCGUUAGUUGAUAGCAAUUAGCAUUAGAAAGGAAGCAGCAAAGCCAAACUGCCCUUGUUUCUUCUUUAGAGGUUAUGCUCUGUCUUAACAAGAAAACAAACUAACUCUCUUCUCUCCUUCCGAGAAA